GGGCGGGCGCGUCCACCUGCGCGCGCCGGGGCCCCGGGCGCAUGGAGCAGCGCUGAGGCGCCGCAGCCGACACCGCCUGGCGGGCGGGGGGGACCCCCGGCCCCGCGCCGCCGCCGCCUCCCGCACGGGCCCGGCGCUGAGUCUCCAUCGUCAUCAAAUACAACUCCUUUCAUUCUCCUCUUCCAUUCACCUACCCAAAGACCAAAUCUGGAAAUAGUAACCAAAAGAGAAGCCCACGUCAUACACAAAGCAGGGAAAGAUUGAAAUAAUUUAAGGGUUGGCCAGAUGCAGCGGGGCAUGGAGUGAACAGAAAGAGGUUAAAUUGAUGGAUGACCAACAAGAGCAGGAUUGUGCCUCAGAAGACCAAGAAACGAUCCUGAUUAAUGGGGUGAAAGAAAACGAGUUGCACGCCCUGGACGGCGAUGAGAGGCCUUGCACCGCCACCGACGCCGCGGUCACGUUCUCAGCCUUGACGACAGCUCAGAAGGAAAACCACGCGUGCCACCGGGCGCUGCCUCCCCUGACGUCCAAGAAGCCCUGCUUGCUGAGCCCCCCGUCACCGCUGCGGCUCACGGAUGUCCCCGAGCACGCCUCGGAUGACUCCUCUGCCCACGCCAUCUCCCUCACGUCCUGCGUGACGAAGGGCAUGAGCUCCUGGUCACUGCCGGGUGACUGCGAGAAGGCUCCUUUCACCAUGAUGGAGCCUGGAGGCAUGUCAGCGUUGACGGGUGACUGCUUGAUGCAGCCGAGCCGGACCUGUCUGGGCUGCUUUAUUGAAUCAAAGGACGGCAUUGAUGCAGAGCCGGGAAUAAGCUUGAAAGUGGGGGAUAUAAAUAGGGAUUAUGACACCUGUUCAGUCUCUGAUAUAGGGAUUCACUGCAUGAGCACAGGAGAAACCAUGAGAUAUGGGGAUCAACUGCUUUCAGACCAGCUUUUAAGCUUCCCUAUGCAUAAAUCGAGGGCAGCGGACAAAAGAGAUGCAGAAAAAUCUGACAGUGAUUCAGAGGACCCCACUCAGAAAAAUUAUUACGAGGGAUUACUAUUAGACAAAUGCAAUGGUGAGGAACCUUUACUAACAAAUCCCAACCAGGAAUGGGGCUAUUUUGAAUCUUUCAUUAGUGAAAGUAAAAUUGAGCUGCUUGACCUCUGCUCCAAAAAUGAGCUUUCUGUAAAUCUGUUUUCUGAGGAAGACGUGGAUAAUUACAUGUUCGAUGACGACGAUUCUACCUUGGGAAGCGAUGUCUGCUCCCUAAAGAUUAGAUAUGAAUCUUUCCAGGACAACGUGCGGGAGAAGACCACCACCCUACAGGAGGACGCCCAGUUCAACUUCUUCCCCAGCGUGUUUGGGAACUGCACCAAAAGGGACAGCAGGAGCACCCUGAAAAGGGGGCCCAGCGGUGCCACCGACCCUUCACAAUUCAAGUCUGAAGAAGGCAUCAUCUGGGGGGAGGAGGAGGAGGAUGGUGAGGAAGAGGAUGGCGAGGAGGAGGAGAAAGCUGCCUUAAAUAAAUCUUGCAACAGCACGGAGAUGGUGCAGUACGUGGGCUCCAAGAGGAGCCACUUCUUGGACUCGGUGAAUUCCACGGAAGACUCCGGGGAGUUCAGUGACGACAGUACUUGCACAGAGUCCUCCUACGACGUGCUGCGGGAUAUCAAGGACUGCAGCCGGUACCUGUCCCGGGACCACUCUGGCUCCUUCAUUCAGCAGAACUAUGGGCUGCGGGCUAAAAGGAAAGUGCGAUACAGCGAUGACUACCUGUACGAUGUGGACUCCAUCGAGAAUGAGAAGAUCCUGGAUAAGAAGGAGUGGCUCCCUGAUGGGCCCAAGGAAGAGGAUGAUGAUGAGUGGUGCCCCAAGAAACGGCGAAAAGUCUCUCGCAAGGAGCCCCCCGUUAUCAUCAAGUACAUCAUCAUUAACAGGUUUAAAGGGGAGAAGCAUAUGCUGGUGAAGCUCAGCAAAGUGGAUGCCAAUGAGACAACUGUUACCCUAAACGAGGAGCUGCUCAGCAAAUACAAGAAGCUGGCCCCACUGAAGGGCUUCUGGCAAGAGAGGCAGCAGAGCCGGCUGGAUUUGCUCAGAUCGUCUCUCUACCACAAGCAGAAUUUCUAUCUUAACGGCUCAGAUGCUUCAUUCCUCCCUCACCCACGGAAGCGAAAAUGCAAGCUAGCAAACAGGCACCGGAUUCAAAGAAUUAAAGCCAUCGAGCAGUCAGUGAACAAGCUGGGUUCUUGCUCCUCUGAUCACAAGCAGCCUUGCAGCAGUAAAGAGGACGCAGGCCUGAAAGGGCUGCCAACGUUGGCCAUCGCUACCCCCAGCUGUGCCAAUGGAUUGCACGUACAUGACAUCCCAGGCAUCACUGCCGUGAAAUGCAAAUCCCAGGAACGGGAGCACAAGGAGAGGAAAGUGCUCCGCAGAAUCAAAUUCAAAAGUGAAGCCAGGUUGAAGUGCAAGAAGAUCAAAGCUGCUACCAGCACGGCGGAGGGUUCCCCGGCGCUGGAAAACCAGGACUCUGCAGCGCGUCUGAAGGACGAAAACAUACCCUGUGCUUCAGACAGCUCACAUCUCCCGGAGUGCCACGAGGAUAAGGUUGCUAAAAAUUCUCCUUUCCUACCAUCCACCUCCUCUUCAGACAAGCCUCUGCCAUCUGCUAAUAUCACCACCAAUGUACCCCUGAUCCCCGGAGGGUAUCUGCAGACGUUGUUAGAUGCUUCUGAUUUGUCGAGCAACACCGGUAUCUCAUACUUCACCCAGCAUCCCUCCGAGCAGCAGCAGCAGCAGCACUCGCUCCCCAGCAUCGUCCCAGCGGAAAAGCCCUUCCCGGCUCUGCAGCCAGCGCAGAGCUGUGUGCUCUCCCCGCCCUCCGAGUCGGAGCUGCAGCAGUCUCCUGGCCACUUGGAGAUGGAGCAGAGCAGCUUCAGUAGCAUGUGGCCGGCCAGCAAAGCUGCUGGCAGCAACCACCAGGACUUCCCCGGAGACAUGCAGGAGGCGGCCGGGCUGCCGAGCGAGUUUGGCAGCGGCGGCAGCACCACGGGUGCCGACGGCCUCCCUGCCUCUGGAUACACUCAAGUCACUCUGAACAACGGCAAAUUGCUUUACCAAAAAAAUUACAUGCCGGAUAACCAACAAGUGCAGUCUGAUGAUUCCUAUCAGUCAUGUCAUUUUAAUAAUGGAGAGGGGCGCUUUCAUUUCCAGCGAGGUACACUAAGUACAGAUGAUGGCAGGCUCAUUAGUUUUGAUUCAGUGGGUUCAUUGUCAGUUAGUUCAAGCAAUUACAGUUCUUUAAGUUUAAAGUCUUGCGAGAAGGAUGGUGAGGAUGAUAUUAAUGAUGAUUUCCUGGCCCACUGCAGUCCCAAGCUAGUGAUCCAGCAAAGCAUAGAUGAAAUCAGCCCAUUGAAGGAGUCCACGGACCUUUUAGACAUCUCCAACUUCACGCCUGAUAGAUUCCGCCAGUCGUCGCUUUCGGAGAUGUCCCCUCCGGACACCCCCAACCUGUCCCCGCAGAUAGCUGGCUCCGACACCAAGCCUCUGGGCACCCUGAAGGGCUUUCAAGAGAACCCCCAGGCUGCCCUCAACAGCUCCGAGAAGGUCAAGUGGAACUGUGGGGUCCUGCAGAGCGAGGAUCAGGCAGAUAAUGGGUUUGCUUUAAAUAAUCACCAGUUCCAGUUCCAUAUGUUCAACGAUGAAGAUUCUGUCAGCCUUCUCGAAAAGAGUCCAUGCUUGUCAACAUUUAAUGAGCCAUCUGGUCAAAUUAGCACCAAUAGCAAAGUGUCAAAAUCGAAGAGGAAAAGUUCAUCCAGCAAGAAUGUGGGUACAAACCAAAGCUCUUCCCCGAAAGCCACCCGGAAAAAAUCGCCCAAAACCAACAAAGGAACUGAUAAACCGCCAGGGAAAAACUCCAGGCAAGCUCCCAAAUCCACCAGGAAAGGGAAGAAUGCGGUGGGAGUCAAUGCUGAGAAGGCUCCGGCUGUUGGCAGCAGGGUGGUCAACCAGCUGAGCAACAUGGCCACUGCCACCAAGGGCCUUGCCGAGAGCUCUCAGCACUGCAGCCCAGCCGGGGUGAAACUGGGCAAGCACAAUGGGCUGUCUGGAGAGUGGGCGCUGGGAAAAGAGGGGAGCACAGGCUGGUCAGAAGCCAGCUUGGGCAAUGCCACCAGCCUCCUGGACGACGAUCAGAGGGAGUUUGAAGAACCUUCCAACAUCCUGUCCAACAUCGCGUCGGGAAUGGCGGAUGUCCAGCGGUUUAUGAUGGCCUCCAUCGAGCCCUUGUGGGGGCCUGUUAGCCACAACAGUGUUCCAGACAUAUUCCGGUCACCGGAAUCCAACAGCCUGAAACUGAAAACUCUUAAGAUUUUGGCAGGGACAUCCCAAGAGUCAAAGAAGAAGGCGAAUGGUGGCUCACCACCCGCAGCCAAGAACCACAAGUCGACCAACAAGGGCUCAAGCAAAAACGGCAAAGCAGCAACCUGCGAUCCCGGUCGUCCCAACUGCUCAACCGGGUUCACCACGGACAUUCCCACUCCCUUUUUUGAUAAAAACUAUAGUAACCUGAGCACUUUAGGCAAUAACGGACCUACCCAUAAAAAACUCUACCGUCACAAAUCCAGUUCGAAAUCGCUGCGGGAUGAGAACUGUAAAAUCAAGCGAAUGGACCGCGAACAGCCCCACAAGGACCCACCCGUGACAGCUGCUUUUGAGAAACUGAGGGAAUCAGACUCCAUUCUUCUUAAAGCAGAAACAACACUUUUGGGUUUUCCUGUAUUUGAAGAAGAGACUCCCUUUUCUAGAAAGACGGUCGAUGUUUGUUUCCUUUUGGUUUCUUUUUGGGUUGGGUUUACUUUUUGUUUUCCCAUCGGUUCCUUUCUGAAAUCUGCCUUGUGGUACGUUGAAAUGUAAGUGCUGAAAUGAAGAGUUUGAAAUUGUGGGAAUUUUAUUCUUUGAAAGCAAAACCUAAUCUGGUAUUCUCUGUGAAAGACUGUUUUAAAAGUCAUACUGUUGUACAGUAGUUUAUGCACUAUUACCCACAACAACAAAACAAUUGUGCCAAACUAUGAACAAGUGACUGUAUUGUAUAUAUUUUUACUUCUCUAUCAACAUUGGGUUGUGAGUGUUUUCUGCAGCUAUGCCUUUUGGUUUUACUAGAAACAUUCCAGUUGUUAAGUACUAACCACCCCCCUUUGAAAGCACCUGUAACUCACGAGGAAAACGAUGUUGUUCACUUCUACAACUUACCAAAAGUUUUAUGGACAUGACUAAAAGUGUGCCAAAUUUACUUACCUCAUUUCAUGGAUUCACCCUGUGGUUUAAAGCUCAUAAAGGGAAAAAACAAAAAAACAAAAAAAAGAAAAAGGAAAAAAAAAAACAAAAAAAAAAAGGAAAAGAACGGGGGGGGAGGGGGAAGGAAAAAGGAACUUUGAAACCGAUGCUGGGAAAUGGUAACGUCCUCUCUUUGAAACCGUGAACAGAACAACUUCAUGGUGAAGUGUUGAGUUUCAGUAUAGGAGAGAGCUGAAAUGGUGGAGGAGUUCAGAAACCCACUGACACGGUAAGUUUGCCAGGAAUUCAAGUGUCCGCAUCUAGAGACUACAGAACAGCUAGCUGCUUUUCAAGUGUCUGUUUUCUUAAAGCAAAACCUGUAGCUGAAGAUCAUUUGAAAUGCAAAGUUACAUUGCUAAUUCUUUGUAUCUCAGUUUUAUAUAUUUUAUAAGAACCUGGGAUGAAUUCUAAAAGAGUUAUAAAAACAGAACUAAUACGUUUCGUA